AUGAUUGGACCUGAAUUGAUACAAGAGACAACAGAAAAAGUACGCCUAAUUCAAGCUAGAAUCAAGAAUUAUGCUGAUCGUAGAAGAAGACCACUAGAAUUCAUGGUAGGAGAUCACGUCUUCUUAAAAGUUUCACCUACUAAAGGUGUUAUGAGAUUUGGUCAAACAAGUAAGCUAAGUCCAAGGUAUAUUGGUCUAUAUGAGAUUCUUGAACAAGUUAAAGAAGUUGCUUAUCCAUUAGCACUACCAAUAGACUUGGAUAAGUUGCACAAUGUUUUCCAUGUGUCGAUGUUAAAAAAGUAUAUGCCUGAUCCUAGCCAUGUUAUCAGACACGAACCCCUACAACUAAGAAAUGAUUUGACAUACGAAGAGAAACCAAUUGAGAUUUUAGAUCAUAGACAAAAGCAACUUAGGAACAAAGUGAUUCCUAUGGUUAAGAUUUUAUGGGCUAACCAUUCGUCGUCCGAAUCAACAUGGGAAGUUGAGGAGCAAAUGAAAUCCAAAUACCCUCACCUAUUUUCUUGA